CGCUGCCAUGAUUGUCGUCGACGGUCACCACUCUCCUCCAGUGCGCAAAACACAGGGCCAGUACUCAGAACCGCCUUCACCUCGUGAGGAGGAACAGCCUCCAGCAUAUUCUGGGCCUUCAGCGCCUGCUACUCCUCCAGCCAACUAUCAGGCCGUCACAACCACCGCCAGGUCCACAACAGCAGCAGUAUCAACAACCAUUUCGUCCCCCUGGACCCCCUAUGUCACCGUCAGCACCUAUCUUCCGUUUUGCACCGACACCACCUCGAGAGUCGACUGCUUUGCGCUUCAUUAAGGCCUUCUUGACCGCUCUCAUCGUCUAUCUUUUACUCGCUAUCUUGACUCGAAGUAUCGUCGAUCUGGCGCAGGACGAAGGGCACCGACGACUUCCCCACGGAGGGCAGUGGAACGACCGGGACUGGGGAAACGAUGAUUGGCCCGAAAGUCCUGCUCCGCCUCCUACUCUCCCGAACCAACAUAUCGUCGACUGCGUGCAAGGGGAGGAAUGGGAGCCUGUCUCGGACAAUCUCGCCGCCACCUCGACCCUCGACCAUGCACGGACGGAAUUCGACCUUCCUAUCGACUCAGCAUUGUUCUUAUUGUCCCGAGGCUCGAUGUCCCAUGGUGCCUUGAGCAUCUUCCAGGACGAGGUGUCGCAAACGGGUGACGAACAUAGUGGGAGAGCUCGAGUUGAAGUUAUCGUGAAGUUUAGAUCGAGGACCGGACUGGGUCGAGCUCAGGUGUGUUUGAUAAACCGAGAUGAUGGAGGGAACGGUGUCGGAAUCUUCACGCCUACCCGCAUUGGUACCAUUCCAUACAAUGAACGACUCGAUUUCGAAGUCCUGGUCCAUCUGCCGCCCUCGUCUGCCAACAGCCACCCUGUGUAUAUUCCCUCGUUGGAGACGAACAUGCCAUUAUUCGCGCAUGCUUUAUCGGAACUACAGGACGCCUUCUACUUCGGCGCACUUUCUCUCAAGACGUCCAACAUGCCGGUUGAAGCAAAGGCUGUCUUCGCGGAAACUAUUAAUGUGCAGACCACAAAUGGCCCGAUACACGGGGUGUACAAUGCGAGCAAGUCUCUUGAUCUCAUUACUUCGAACAGCGUAAUCGACGCUGCCGUGCACCUCUACAACGAUAACGAUGCCCGUUCUCCGUCCUCGCUGACGCUGAAGACAUCCAACGGUCCAAUCAAAUCCACCGUUUCCCUCCAUUCCACCCAUCGAACUUCCUACUACGGUAACUUCAGUGUCACCGCCACGACAUCUAACAACAUCCUCACCCUCUCCCUCCCCGAAUCCCCCGCCGACUCCGAACUCAACCUCUACGCGAAGACGUCGAAUGGACCCGCACAAGUGACAUUACCGGCUGCGUAUGAGGGCUAUUACUCCCUGAGCACGUCGAAUAUGGGCCCGAAUGUCGAGAGGAGAGGAGGUGUGGAGGAUCCGAAGGGAUUGGGGAGGAGGAGGGACGUGCAGAUUGGGAGGGUGGAUAGGGGUAGUAUCAAGGGCACGGUCGCAUGGGUUGGGAGGAAGUCGUCGGGGGAGAGUGGGACGGGGACGGUGGAGGUGAAGACUAGUAAUGCGCCUGUGAGGUUGAUCGUUUGAAGUGAUCUCGGUUUGUGGUGUCACAAUUCUGAAGAGGGGCCGAUUGAUUGAUUUCCCUACGUACUGACGAUAUCUUGGUUCGCGUUGUAUACUCUUCCUUCUAUCGUUUCUCUCUACAUGCUCUGUUUGUCAUCUGUAUAUCAGCUUGUAUAUCUCUCUGCCCUUGUAAUCUGUUCUUUAUUUCCGUUUAGUACUGUCCGUUUCUCUCUUCCUCAUCCUCUCUUUGUCCUCGCGAUGCAAAUACGUACUUUAUAGGUUUACAGAACAGUAGCAUCAUGCACUCGUCCUUUUCAAAUUAUCACUGUACUUGUGAAGAUCCAUCGAGUUGUUCCUACUAUUCCUUG